AGCAUGCGGAGCCUCCUCAUCCUCCUCUGCCUGCUCAGUGCCGCCGGGACCCGCGGGCAAGCGCUGCAGACGCGGUUCGUGGAGGAGCCCGAGGACCGGAGCGUCAUUGCCGGGCACAGGAUCGUCCUCUCCUGCGUGGUGCUCAACUACUCGGGCAUCGUGCAAUGGACCAAGGACGGGCUCGCCCUGGGCAUGGGGCAGGGCCUCAAAGCCUGGCCGCGGUACCGCAUCGUGGGCACGGCAGACUCGGGGCAGUACAACCUGGAGAUCAGUGAUGCUGAGCUCUCCGAUGAUGCUGUGUACGAGUGCCAGGCCACCGAGGCUGCGCUGCGCUCGCGCCGGGCCAAGCUCACCGUGCUCAUCCCCCCCGAGGACCCCACCAUCGAUGGAGCCCCCGAGAUCCUGCUCCGCGCGGGGACCCCCUACAACCUGACGUGCCGAGCCCGCAGUGCCAAACCAGCAGCCACCAUCGUCUGGUACCGCGAUGGGCUGCAGCAGGAUGGAGCCAUCACCAGCACGGAGGUGUUGGCCGAUGGCAAGAGGGAGACAACCACGAGCCAAUUGGCCAUCAACCCCACGGACCUGGACAUCGGGAGGGUGUUCUCCUGCCGCAGCACCAACGAUGCCAUCCCGGCCGGCAAGGAGACCUUCGUCAAGCUCAAUGUUCACCACCCCCCGACCGUCACCCUGUCCAUCCAGCCGCAGACAGUGCAGGAGGGCGAGCGGGUUGUGUUCACCUGCAUGGCCACCGCCAACCCCGAGAUCAGAGGCUACAGGUGGGCCAAAGGGGGGGUGAUCAUCGAGGACGCCAAGGAGAACAGGUACGACACACAGGUGGACUACACCUUCUUCACGGAGCCCGUCUCAUGCGAGGUGCACAACGACAUCGGCAGCACCAACGUCAGCACCCUGGUGGAUGUGCACUUUGCCCCUCGGAUCGUGGUGGACCCCAAACCCACAGUCACCGACAUCGGCUCCGACGUGACACUGACGUGCGUGUGGUCUGGUAACCCACCGCUCACCCUCACCUGGACCAAGAAGGAGUCCAACAUGGUCCUGAGCAACAGCAACCAGUUGUACCUCAAGUCCGUCACCCAAGCGGAUGCAGGGCAGUACAUCUGCAAAGCCAUCGUGCCGCGCAUCGGUGUUGGGGAGCGCGAGGUCACCCUCUAUGUCAAUGGACCCCCCAUCAUCUCGAGCGAGGCCGUGCAGUACGCGGUGCGUGGGGACCGGGGCAAGGUGGAAUGCUUCAUUGGGAGCACACCACCACCAGACCGCAUCGCUUGGGCCUGGAAGGAGAACAUCCUGGAGGCAGGGACGCUGGAGCGGUACACGGUGGAGAGGACCAACACGGGCAGCGGUGUCCUCUCCACCCUCACCAUCAACAACGUCAUGGACGUGGACUUCCAGACCCGCUACAACUGCACGGCCUGGAACAGCUUCGGGCCGGGAACAGCCAUCAUCCAACUGGAGGAGGAAGAGGUUUUGCCCGUGGGCAUCAUCGCCGGGGCCACCAUCGGCGCCAGCAUCCUCGUCAUCAGCUUCCUCGUGGCGCUCGCCUGCUUCCUUUACCGGCGCCGGAAGGGAAGCCGCAAGGAUGUCACCCUGCGCAAGCUGGACAUCAAGGUGGAGACGGUGAACAGGGAACCCCUGACACUGCACACAGACCGUGAGGAGGACACGGCCAGUGUGUCCACAGCCACCCGUGUCAUGAAGGCCAUCUACUCGUCAUUCAAGGACGAUGUGGACCUGAAGCAGGACCUUCGCUGCGACACCAUCGACACCCGCGAGGAGUACGAGCUCAAGGACCCCACCAACGGCUACUACAACGUGCGCGCCCACGAGGACCGCCCGUCCUCGCGCACGGUGCUGUACCCCGAUUACCGCACCCCGGGGCGCUUCGAUGCGCGCCCCCCCUCGCGCCUAUCACACUCCAGUGGCUACGCUCAGCUCAGCACCUACGGCCGCGGCACCGAGUACCCCCCGGAUGCGGCCCCGGCUCCGGCUCCCGGUGCCGACACCGCGAGCCAGCUCUCCUAUGAGAACUACGGUGGGCACGCGGCGUUCCCGGCCGGCGCCGCGUACCCCACGUACCGGUUGGGCUAUGGGCAGCCCCCCAGCAUGGAGCGGGCACCCUACGAUGCCUACGACCCCAUGGGCAAGUAUGGCAGCGCCACGCGCUUCUCCUACACCUCCCAGCACUCGGACUAUGGGCAGCGCUUCCAGCAGCGGAUGCAGACGCAUGUCUGAGGGUGCAGGGAUGGGAGGCAUAGGCACAAAGAGGGGGGGUCCCAUCGGUACCUCAUGAGUGUCCCCUGAUAUUCAGGGGCUCAUCCUGACCCUCCUGCGGGUCCUGAGGCUCUGAGCAUCGCCCUGGCCCUGGGGAUGUGCCCUGAGCUUCCACUCAUCCGGUUCUGUCUGUUUGGUACCUUCCCAAUGGAUGGGGGGGGGGCACCAACCCAAUUGAUCCCCCCCCCCCAGCCUCAGUGGGUGCGUGCGGGUCCACGCGGAUCCCCCCGGAUCCCUUCCAAAGCUCUGUGGGGAUGGAGCCUUCCUCCAUGGGUCCCCUGAUCCAGCUCCUCUGCAGGAGCGAGGGGCUGUGCAUCACAUCCCCAUUCAUCCCAUCCAUCCCCUCCAUCCCAUCCAAUCCAUCCCAUCCAUCCCAUCCGAUCCCAUCCAAUCCAU